AUGAGUGAGUCAGUAGAUGAACGUUUUGGCUAUAUCAUUUCAGAUUCAUUUGAUAAUCGUCUUAAUGCAUACUUAAAUGAAACAGAAACAAUUACUACAGCACAUCAAGCAAUUAUAGGAACAAUAUUAGGAACAUCAUUUGGAAGAGUGUUAUUGUUUAAUAACAAAACAAAUGAAAUAGUAAAUGAGAAACAAUUAUUUACAAAAGACGCAGUAAUUGGACUUGGAUAUGAUAAUGGAAUUAUUUAUGCAGCACAGAUGAAAGGACAGAUAGUAAGAAUUUAUAACGAAUUUAAAUCAAUUCAAAGUGAAGAAGAAUUAAAGAGUAAUGAAAAGAUAUUAGGAUUUUGUAUGGACCAACAAGGAAAUAGAAAUAAGAAAUUAUUUUGUUAUGGAACUCAAAUAGGAAAUAAUCCACCUCUUCUACGUAUUAUUGAUAAAAGUGGAUAUGGAUUAUUUGGAGCAAAUACAAAUUUACUUUGUAGAAAUUGUAAUAAAAUUUUAGAUAUUAAAUGGGUUGGAAAUGUUAUUUGUUGUAUUGGAGGAUUUUAUGAUGGAAAAGAAUAUAAAGAUGCAUAUAUUUAUCUAUAUGAUUUUAGUACUAAAUCAAAAGAGUUUCAAGAAAUAUUUACUUUUAAUAAUAUUAAAAUUUCUAAAGAGUCAUAUUGUUGUGUUUUACCAUGUAAUGAUAAUAGAUUUAUUAUUUCAUGGGGACAAUUAAAAGUUAAUAUUGAUGUUUCACCAUCAAUGAUAGUUGAAAGUAAAAAAAGAUUUUCACAAAGUAUGUUUCAAGUUAAUGAUAAAAGUAUUAGUAUUAGAUCAAUGGCAUUAAUGGAAAAUAGAAUUAUUGGAUUUGUUGAUACACAAGAAGGAAAAAGUGGAUUAAAAAUAUUACAAUCUUCAUCAGGAAAUGAACCAAAUGCAUUGUAUCAAAUGGAUUAUCCUAAAGAACAAGUAUAUUUAUUUGGAUUUAUUAAUGAAGUAGAAAAAAUAAUUUUAAUUGGAAAAAGAAGAAUAGAAGUUGGAAGAAUGAGAAAAGAUAGUGAUACUAUUCAAUUAUUAAUUCAAAAAAAGAUGUUUGGAGACAUUUUAAAUAGAGUAUCAACAUCAAAAGAAAAAUUUACUGAUAAAGGAGAUAUUCAAUAUUUUUGGAAGAAUUAUAUUCUACAAUUAACAGAUAUUAAAGAUGAAUCAUUAAUUAGAUUAGAACAACAUCUUAAAGAAAAUAUUAUUGACCAAUCUGAUAUUGUUGCUAUUAUAGGAGAAACUGAAGAUGAUCAAGAAAAAAAUAAAUAUAUUAGAUUCUUUACAAAAUAUUGUGUGAAAUAUUAUCAUAAAUUAAAAAAAGGAUAUAAUAUAUUACUUUCUGCUAAAACAACUAUUAUUCCUAGUUUAACAACUCAAAUUAUAACUGAAGAUCUUGCUAAUUCAUUUAAAUUAAAAGAAGAUAUUGAAGAUUAUAAAAGUGGAAGUAAUGUUACAUUAAAUGAAUAUACAUCUAUUAUUAAUAAUGAACUUGAUUUAUAUAAUGAAAUUCUUUUAUUCCCUGGAUUACCUGCUUCAAUUCAAAAUGAAAUAGGAAAUGCUACAACAUCAGCACAAGAACUUAUUAAUGAUACAAAUAUUGCAGAUUUUCAAGGAUUUGUUAUUCAAUUUAAAUUUAAUAAUGGAUUAUAUCUUCCUGCAUGUGAAUAUGCAUUAAAAACACAAAAUCCUCAAACAUUAUUAUUUAUAUUAACAUUAAUAGAAAAACAACCUAAAGAUAAAAUUAAAGAAAUAGUAGAAAUGUUUGGAAAUGAUUUUGAUUCAGUUAAAAUGUGUAUGCCUCAACAAGAUACAUUAAAUAAUUAUAUUAUAGAAUUUCAAAUUUAUCAAAAACUCUUUAAAUUGUUUAAUAAAGCAAUGAAUAAUACUAUUAAAACAGCUUUAUUUGAAUCAAUUUCACAUCAAAUAGAAGAAAAUAAAAAAGGACCACAAUUACUUUAUGCAUCUGUAAGUGGAAGAAUUGGAGAUAUGGGUCAAUUUGCAAUUGAUUUUAUUAAAGAAAUUCUUAAUAAAUAUAUUGAAGAAAAUGGAAAUGAAUUAAACUUUUAUCAAUAUGAUGCUGGUGUUGAAAUUAUUCAAAAUGUCGUUGAUGUCAUUGAUAAGAAAAAUAGUCCUGAAUUAGCAAGAAAAGUUUUUGAAGAAAUUAUUAAAACACCAGUAGUAGGUGAUGUUGUUAUUCCUAUUAUGUUAAAACGUUCUCAAUUUAAAGUUCAAUUAUUUGAUGAAAUCCCUGAUACUCUUAAAAUUGGUGAUAUAUCUGAAUCAGUUCGUGAUAUGUUAUGCUCUUUAAAAUUUACUAAUCACACUUUGUCUGAAAUUCUUAAAAUUGCUAAAGAAGAGUCAAAGAAAAAAAUGUCUAAAGCAAGUAAUAAAACAGGUGUUACUUUUAAUAUGACAACUCUUUGUUCAAAGUGUCAAAAGCCAUUGACUGGACCUGUUAAAAUGUUUUAUUGUGGUCAUAUUUAUCAUGACUCUUGUCACAGAGAAAAUACUUGUGUACUUUGUUCAAUGAAAUAA